AUGGCACGCGACGACAUUGUUAUACUCGGAUGGACAUGUAGCGCGGGUAUCAUCGGUUUAAGCGUCGCACUGGAGUUAUCCAAACGGGGCUACGGGCAGCAUAUUACAGUGGUCGCAGAACAUCUUCCCGGGGAUAAAGACAUUAAAUAUACAUCACCUUGGGCCGGGGCAAAUUUUUCUGGAAUCUCCGGUAGCAAUGCAAACGCGCUACGCUGGGAUCGAUUGGGCUAUUCCACUAUGAUGGAAUUGGUCGACAGAGGAGCAGAGGAAGCCAAGUACCUGUCCAAAACGGAAUCUAUUGAGUACUGGGAUGAAAUGCCCUCGGUUGAUAAGAUUCGGAGCAUGACUGAGUACCUGCGAGAUCUUGUGCAAAUCCCUAAAUCCGAGCUUCCUAAAGGAGUGUCCUUUGGCAUCAAAUUCACCACUAUAACACUCAACGCCCCAGCCCAUUGCCAACACCUGCAAUCACUUCUAUCUCAGCCCAAGUAUGGCAGCGUACUGUUUGUGCGUAGAAAUGUCGCCCGUCUAAAAGAUGCAUUCCUGUCUGCGAAUACGCGCAUUGUCUUCAACUGUAUCGGAAACACGGCGGUUUCUUUCCCCGACGUUAUGGACUCCAAAUGUUACCCCACGCGCGGUCAGAUCGUGCUCGUCAAGGCACCCGCAGUGAAGAGGAAUAUGAUGCGGCACGGAAGGAACUAUGAGACGUACAUAAUCCCGCGACCUCUUUCAGAUAGCACGGUGAUCCUGGGUGGGUAUAUGCAAAAAGGAAACUGGGAUAGCCAGGCCAAGCCGCACGAGACAGAGUCAAUCCUGAAGCGAACUGGGGACCUGCUCCCUGUGCUGAAAAAUGCAGAAACUAAGGUCCUUGGGGUUGCGGUGGGUUUACGGCCGUCGCGAGAAGGUGGAGCGCGAGUGGAACUGGAAGCUAUACCGCAGGAUGGGAAGGUUGUAGUACAUAAUUAUGGAGCCGGAGGUACAGGUUUCCAGGCAGGCCUCGGAAUGGCGAAGGAUGCUGUUGAUUUGGCUGCUGAGGAAUUGGGAAAGAUCAAGGAUAGGAGUCGCCUAUAA